AUGAGCCGGCCCCGCUUCCUGGUGGCGGCGGCCCUGGGCGCCCUCCUGCUCCUGCUGCUGCUGCCCCGGCUCCGGGACCCCCAGGCCGCCCCCCGCGUCCCCCUGCCCCGCGGGCCCCUCUGCCGGACCCCCGCCCCUCUGCCGGACCCCGGGGACCCCGACCGGGAGCGGGCCCGGACCCCCGGGCCGCCGGCCGCCCCGCUGCGGGGAGCCCCCUCGGGAGCCCCCGGGAGGGAGAGGCUGGACCCCGGGGAGAUCUUCAUCGCCGUGAAGACCACCAAGAAGUACCAUCGGUCGCGCCUCGACCUGCUCUUCCAAACCUGGAUCUCCCGAGCUCAGGAGCAGACCUUCAUCUUCACGGACGGGGAGGACGGGCGCCUGCGGCUCCGAGCGGGGGACCACGUCAUCAACACCAACUGCUCUGCCGUCCACACGCGCCAGGCCCUCUGCUGCAAGAUGUCCGUGGAGUACGACAAGUUCAUCGAGUCGGGCCGGAAGUGGUUCUGCCACGUGGACGACGACAACUACGUGAACCCCCGCGGCCUCCUGCGCCUGCUGUCGGCCUUCUCGCCCAGCCAGGACGUGUACUUGGGCCGCCCCAGCCUGGACCACCCCAUCGAGGCCGCCGACCGCCUCCAGGGCGACGGCGCCAAGAAGGUCCAGUUCUGGUUUGCCACGGGCGGGGCCGGAUUCUGCCUGAGCAGAGGACUCGCCCUCAAGAUGAGCCCCUGGGCCGGCCUGGGUAACUUCAUCAGCACGGCCGAGAAAGUCCGCCUGCCGGACGACUGCACGGUGGGCUACAUCGUGGAGGGGCUGCUGGGGGUCCGGCUCCGCCACAGCCCCCUCUUCCAUUCCCACCUGGAGAACCUGCAGCGGCUGCCUCCCCGCACCCUGCUCGCGCAGGUCACCCUGAGCUACGGCGGGAACGAGAAUCGCCACAACGUGGUCAGCGUCGUCGGGGCCUUUAGCCUGCAGCAGGACCCUACGCGGUUCAAGUCCGUCCACUGCCUGCUCUAUCCGGACACCUCCUGGUGUCCCUCCUCCAAGCGGCGGGGGACUUCGACCUGAGGCGCCCGGCUGGAGGGUGACCGAAGGGGUCUCCCCCCAGCCCUCCUCUCCGCUGGGCCCGGAGGUUCUCCCGGCUCCGUCCGAAUCUCCAAGUGGCCGGCCCUGGCCCGGACGCAUCCGGGCCCCGGGAAGCGUGACCUCUGGGGGGACCCGGGACCCUCUUCUGCCCCGCUGAGGGGGCCGGGGCGAAGGGGCAACCGUGGGGGGUGGGAGGGGCCGAGGGGGGGCGGUUCCAGGGCUGGAAUCCUCCCCUGGUACGUCGAAGCCCGGCCCCUCCCUCGCCGUUCUAGGGCCCGGUCACCCCCUCCCGCCGAGCCGGCCGCGGCUUCCGGUCAGCCCCCGGCAGGACCUGUGAGGGGCAACCCCUGCCGCUUGGCCUUGCCCGCCGGGGGAGGGGGAAGGGCGGGACCCAGCCCCGCGGGGAGGCCGAGGCCCGCUCCGGUCCGGGAGGCCGGCAUCCCGAUCCGGGAUUCUGCCGCUUUUCCCUCCAGCACUCGGCGAGCCCACCCCCCCAGACAGGUGGGGCUCAGCUGAGCCGGACCCACCCCCCCGUCCCGUGUCUCCGGCAGCCAGCUGCCCUGAACCUUAGACCCCGGGCCUGACACGGAGGACGCCCGGAUCUGUCCGGCCAGGGAAUCCUGCGGUCCAAAGGGCAGCUACCCCCUCCUGCCCCUGCUCCUAAACCAAAUAAAUAUUUAAAGUGAAA